AUGAUGAUGACAGACUUUACCGGAGAGCAUAUGUGGUUACAAAUACAGCAUGAACUAAGCUUGAGGAAACUAAUAGAGGGUUCAGAGUAUCAAGAGGAACUGAAGUAUGACUUCAAUAUAAAAGGGGAACUGAGGCAUCUGGAUACAAAUGAGUCUUUUGUUUUCAAUUACUACAAGAAUGCACAUGAGCAGAACCAUAAACGCUAUGAAGUUCUGGGACAUUUGAUUACCCAAUAUGUUUAUGAGCUCCUGGAAAGAGUCUGCAUGCUGCAGAAAGUUUAUAUUCCUACUGAUGCUACAGAGGAUGAACCAAGAAGUUUCUUUUUCAUAAGCAAGAAUGCACUAACAACUUCCUCUAGCCUAAUUGUCCUUCUUCAAGACCGUGGAGUUUUCUGUGCUGGACAAUGGGGGCAAAGGACAAUCAUCAGCAAGGGCCUGGAGCAUGGAACACAAAUACCGUUCAUCAAAAUGGCCCUUCAAAGGUACGAAGGAGUGAUUGUACUGAAUCCCAACGACAACUUUGUUGAUCUCAAGACUGAAAAGGAGAGAUUAAGCUCUUCUAUCGGGGAAGAAGCACUGCCUUCUAUGCGGUCCGUCUGGUGGAUCCCCAAGAGGGGCAGCAGCAGCCCCGAGGAGCAUACCAUGUAUGUAUGGGACCAUUUCAUUUCAAAGAGCGCAGCCAAGAACGUGGCCUUCAUUGCCCACGGCUAUGGUGGCUUGGUGUUUGUUGAUCUGCUCGUGCAGAGAAAAUGGGAGGUAAUGAACAAAGUGUACUCUGUGGCAUUCAUCGACUCCAUGCACAACACACGGCAUCAGACUAGAAGUGACCCACAAAUACAGGAAUGGAUACGGAAAUACUCCCGUGAAUGGGUGUCAAACAGCAAACCUCUAGAUAAAGCUGUGUGUUCUCGCAUGAAAGUGAAUUGUAGUACUGUCUCUGCUGGAACUAAAAAAUAUGGUUUAGCACCCUCCUGCUGCUUACAUGCCAUCUUUAAGUACCUAAAAGGCAUGCUGAAAGCCAAGACCAGAACAGCCUUUAGGCAUUCACCUGUUGCAACUAGAAGCAGCACAAGUGAGAAGAGAGGCAAUAAAUAA